AUGUCAUGCUCAAACCCAUCUUGCCAAAAUAAAGCAGACGACUUUGAAAUAUGCCCUCGUUGUAACGCCCAACAUUACUGCUCUUCCAAUUGUCGUAGAAUUGACUGGAUUUCCAAACAUCAAUUUGAAUGCCAAAAACCUAAAAUUUUUACACUCAAAGAUUUCAGGGAAAUUGAAGAUUCCCAGCAACAAAUUUUAGGCAAAGGAACAUACGGAGAAGUUCGACUUGUCCAGCAUCAGGAAUCAGGCCAAUAUUACGCUUUAAAGCAAAUAAAAAAAGAUAAAUACAUCGAAACAUCAUCUGUGGACAUCUUAAGACGAGAAAUCGAAAUCCAUAAAACCUUGAACCAUCCAAAUAUAAUCCAAUUAAUUCAAUUUUUCGAAGAUGAAGAAUUUGUAUAUAUUUUGCUUGAAUACGCAGCCAGAGGGUCACUAUUCCAUUUAAUCAGGCGGCAAAGAGGUUUACCUGAAGAAAAAGCUUGAAAAUAUUUUACCCAGACUUGUAUAGGAAUAAAGUAUAUGCAUGAUAAUCAUUUUAUUCAUAGGGAUAUGAAGCCCGAGAAUAUUUUAUUAGAUGGAAACGACAAUGUAAAAAUUUGUGAUUUUGGAUGGUGCACUCAGAGUAACGAAACUAGAAAUACUUUCUGUGGGACGCUAGAUUAUAUGGCCCCUGAAAUGAUAUUAAGUAAUGGGCACUCUUUUGAGGUCGAUAUAUGAGCUUUAGGAGUCUUGUUGUUUGAGCUAAUUCAUGGUUACCCACCUUUUAGAUCGAUAAAAGAUACUGAAAAAUGUAAACAAAUCAUAAACGCUGACUCCCCCCCCCCCCUCCGUGAGCGAACAAAACCAUUAGAAAAAUCGCCAUUUUUUGACCAAAAACCCACCCUCCGUGAGUGAACAAAAAUUUUUUUAAUAGAAAAAAUUUUAAUGGAAAAAAAUUUUGAUAUAUAAGUGAUAAUUAGUAUAAUGAAAUCUAGAGCUAAUUCUGUUUAAUUUUAAACAAAUUGCGUUUUAAAACAUAAAUUUUGCAAAUUAAAUUAAUAUUUGCUUCCCAAUUUUUGCAAAUUAGGAUUUUUUUAAAUUUCGAAAAAAAUAUUUUUAUAAAAUUUUAUAUAUAAAUUUUUUUUAAAAAAAAAAAUUAACCCCCCUCCGUGAGCGAACAAAAUUUUUUUGUUCGCUCACGGAGGGGGGGGGGGGGGAGUGAGGUAAAAUUUAAAAAUAAUUUAAGUGACCAGGUGCAAGAUUUAAUAUUGAAAAUAUUACAGAAAGAGGCAAAGGAUAGGCUGAGUUUGCUAGAAAUUUUAACACACCCGUGGGUUGAGCUAUAUGUUCCUGAUAAUGAAUUUGAGCCGAAUGUCAAAGUGAGGCAUCCAGAGUAUGGAGAAGGGGUUAUUCUGGAAGCUAAGGGGUUAAUUGUAUUUGUGUAUUUUCCAGAAAAAAGUUUUACAUUAAAAAUUACAAUUUCAGAUGCGAUGAGCAUUUUGAAAAUUAUUUAUGAAAAUGAGAGUGAAUUAAAUGAAGAGGAUUUUUAACCCUUUUUAUGAUUUAAAUAUUUUUUUAUUUUAAAAUAAUCAUAAUAAUUUUUUGUAUAUUUUUAUCAUAGAAAAUAGUUAGAGAUACAGCUGGAGGCCUUGGAUUAGGGCUUUUAUCAGAAAAAACAUCAUCAAAAAUUCAAGGAAACAACCAUUUAGAAAUAUUAGCAGAAAAACCUGAAGAAAGUGUACUAAUAAGUGAAGAAAACGUCAAAGAAAGUGAAGAGGAAGAAAUUGAAAUAAUUGAAAAUUUCGAGCUAUAUAGAGAAGAUGAAGAAGAAGAAGAAGAAGAAGAAAUUAUCGAAAUCGAGAAAAAUAUUGCUUUCGAUGAAAAUGAAGGAGCAGGUGGGCUAUUUUUAAACGAUGAAGAAAUUGAUUCACUUAUAAUUAAGCGGCAACAAGCUGUAAAACUAGCAAUCCUUUCAAUUGAUAGGCCAAUAAGAGAAGCAUCAAAAAGAAACAUAAAAAAGAUUGAACCAAGUCCUGCUAUCAAAAUCCAGAAGGCGCCUAAUAUAAUCAAGCCAGUUGAAAGCAAAGAAAAACCAAUAAAAAAGUCUGAGCCGCAAAACCAAGAAUUAAAAGAUAAAGAAAAAGAGCUCAAUAGGCUAGUUUCGUCAAUUGAAAAUACCAACGGAGCAAAGCGAACUAAUUAUAGGGCAGUUGAAAAACCUAAGAAAAAAGAAAAAUCAGGGCUUGGAAGCUUCUUCUCAGGUCUUCUUGGCUGCACUCAAAGAGAUAAAAAUUAA